AUGUUUCUGGAUUAUUCUGGAUACGAGGCCCUUACUGAAAUUAAUUCUUCCUUUGGGAAGUAUAUCCUGUUAUUGCAGCGGUUUGAAAGUUGUCGGGGCUUGAAAGGCCGGCUUGAAAUGCUUAAGGAUUUGGGGAAAGAAUUCAAGAUAUUUGAGAAGCUGGAUACAGAUGACUUCAGAAAAUCUAAAAAUAUGGUUCACAGAUUUUAUACUAUGGUUAUCUCUUUAAAGCAAAUCAUGGAAAUUGGACCAUUGAUCAGGCGCAAUCCUGCUGUGUUAUUUGUCGAAUUUGAGUGUCCGGUAGAAGACUGUCUGGAUGAAUUGGAUCCGUUGCAUCCACUGAACAGGGUCUACAUAUUCAUUCAUAAGCAAUGGACCUAUUAUUAUCAAUAUUAUAUAGUUGAGAAAGUAAAGAAAUUAAUUCUUAAUAUGGUUCCCGUAAAAGAAGAUGAUUGGAGUAUUCUUCAUAAAGUUGUUUAUUCUGAAGGGUUCGUUGAAAGGCAAUAUAAAAAGAAGCAAUACCUAGGUGACAUCUACAUUCCACAACCAUUAUUAAAAAGUAAUAAAAUUACUACUAUGUCCAACUUUUCUCAACUCACUAGAAUCUCCAAGGUUCGGGUCUACAGGUUCGACGCUGCAAUAGUGUGUGAUGCUAAUAAUUACAACAAAAAAACCCUGAAUGUCAAAAAGCUUGAAGAUACAGAGCUUCCCAAUCUUAUAUGGACUCUGGAACCUGAGAAAUUUUACGUUGACAUGAAGCCUUACAAGGAACACCAGGAGAGAAAGAAAUGGAGAGAAGAAGCCAAGCUUAAUAUGCAAGCUGAAGAACAGGAGAACAGCACUUCGAAGAACAGUGAAAACAACAUUGAAGAACUUGAAGCAUCAGCAGGAUUGAAAAAUAUCAUUAAAACUCCCCUUGCCAAUAAGGUCGUUAAUAUAAUUAAUAACUACGCUGCUGUUGUAACAGGAUAUGUAACAGAUGUAGAAAAAAUAAAUGAUAGCAAUCAACGGAAGGAAGACGAUAUACCAGAAAUAUCAUACGGUGAGAUAGGUCAAGAAUUCGGAAGCCAACUUCAAGUUAGUUCAGGAACAUCGAUGGAAAAUGCGUGCUUCCAGUCCAGAUUCCAGAAUAAUUAUGAAAAUGAUAUAUCUUGGAACACAACCAUGCGAGAUAUAGAUCCAGUUUACAUGACAGAGCAAUGCGCUAGGGUUUGGAGAAAGGAGCAACAAAUGUUGGGUUUGGAGAAAGCUAAAGCUUUUGAAAGAAAACUUCAUAAAGACACGAUGAUAGUAAGCAAAAAACAGUUCGAAGAACCAGGUAAAGAUUCGAAAAGACGCAAAAGAGUUCAUAAUGUCACAUCUAGAAGAAUAAUAGCAACCACGGCCAGUAAACACGAUGAUUUUAAGCAGGAAAAAUACUGUUAUGAAGAAGAAACACAUGGCCUAAUGAGAGACUACUUUAAGGUUAAGCUCAACAUAUCAGUUCAUGGAAACCGAAUGCAACGAGAAAAAGACAAGAGAAGCCAUGCACUUACAAUAGAUAAUAACUCGAACAAUUUUGAGAACAUCAACAACAUGACCAAUAAAACUCAAGAAGUUGGACUAGCCAGCUUAACCGAUAUCCACUUCAAGGAUGUCGUAAUUGUAAAGUUUAGAGGCUUCAGGUCCAAACUUAGAAAGCUUAGAAUAAAUGCCUAA